GGUUGUAAUGUUUUUAUCUCUGUUCUAAUUAGAGAGGAGAGAGUAACGUUGUACAGUUUUGCCCAGCGUUAGCGUUAGUUUUACACCACGUAUACCAGUGUUUCACCAAGAAGCUGUCCUGUGAUACUGUAUUUUUACAGAAAUCCCUGAGCCUAACGUUAAACUGACACAACCGUGGCAGUUGUGGGAGAGAAAUAUAAAUGAAGAAAUUGAAUGUCGUUGAAAAACAGUGUCAUUUCAUAGGAACCUAGAAAAGCAUAACUUAUGCGGAUGAAUAGGUGAUAUUACUAACUUAGCAGUAAGGAUAGAAGACAAAUCAACCAAUCAGAAUCGUCGACAAAAAUAGUGCCUAACGUUCCUGGGAUUUAGCUAAGAUUUUAAAUAAUGCUAAGUAUAAACACAAUUUAUAGCAAUUAUUAGUUUAUUAUUAACUGAAGCUACGUUUGUUUUACUCUGAUCGUCGCUCACGCUCAUCAGGUUGCACACAGGAGAAGUCAGAGUGAGCACCCUGAUCUGCAGCCCCAGUCAGAAUGAACCAAGUGAAGACAGAUGACAAAUAUCAGCCACGCGCACCUGUGCCCGGCAUUCAUGCACUUGUUUACCAGCAAAACAACCACAACCAGUGCUAUGGGUUUUUUCAAGAAGGUCAUGUCAAGUUUCUGCCUGUGGGGACACAGAACCUGCCAUCUAUGGCCGUGACCAGGCCACAAACACCACAGUCACUAUCAAGCACCCUUCGAUACUACAGGGAGGGAUUGAAUUGCCCACAGAACUAUUGUGUGCCCCCACUGCCAGCUGGAUUUUCUCAAGGGGGUCCCGCCCGGUCACUGCCUAAUUGGACACAGAACCUGUCGUCUAUUGCCAUGACCAGCACACAAGCACCACAGCCUCCACCAAGAACCCUUGAGUACAACUGGAAUAGGCUGGAAGGUCCACAGAACAAUGUCAGAGGGAAGACACUGAAGGGGACAGUUUCUCUUGGAGAACCUGGGAGUAGAUACAGUAUGGCUGUAACUGGGGAUGAGACAGAAACAG